AAUUCCACUGGUAAUUUCUAUGCCGGGGUGUGGUACAACAUCCCUCAAAGGACAGUCAUAUGGGUUGCCAACAGAGAGAAGCCGAUCAAUGAUUCCUCUGCGACUCUUCGAAUCUCUGAUGACAGCAACCUCGUCAUCGUGGACUCAGAAGGUGGCAUCUUCUGGUCAUCAAAUUUAUCAGGCUUUGGCACACCAGGCAAUGACACAGCGGCAGUGCUGUACAACUCAGGAAGUCUGGUUCUUAGAGCAAACAGUGAUAAUAUAUUGUGGCAGAGCUUUGAUCAUCCUACGGACACCUUCGUUCCAGGUAUGAAGAUCCAAUACAAUUACCGCAACCACUCAACCAGGUACAUUACAUCUUGGAAGGACGCAAACGACCCCUCACCAGGGAAUUUCUCCCUUGGCAUUAUUUCCAGCACUUCUAUCAAGAUCCUGAUUUGGUCGGGGACAAAGCUCUACUGGAGAAGCCAAGUGUGGAUUGGGAAAAUAUUCACUGGAUCACAAGCAAUCAACACCACCGCUGUGGCAUACGUAACAGUGCUAGAAGAUGAUGAUGAGGUCUACAUCACACUAAGUGUCUCAGAUGCAUCAUUGUAUAUUAGAUACACAUUAAACUAUUUAGGACAGAUUGAGUUACUGAUUUGGGAUAAUAGUUCCAAGAAUUGGACAAAGUACUCGUCUGCGCCAAGUAAGUGUGGAACAUAUGGAUGGUGCGGUCAAUUCGCAUAUUGUGAUGGUACUGAAUCAGUGCCAGCAUGCAAAUGUAUGGAAGAAUUUAAGCCCGAGGUUCAGAGUGACUGGGAGACUGGGAACUUCUCGGCUGGUUGCAUCAGAAAGAAGGCAUUGAGGUGCGGUGAUGGAGAUGGAUUUCUGAAAGUUGAAGGUUUGAAAUUGCCAGACCGCGCUGUGUUUCUUAGGAACAGAAACAUCGGAGACUGCAGAACUGCAUGCCUAACCAAUUGUUCCUGUACGGCUUAUGCUUAUUCUGAUGUGACCACGGGAAACGCAACGAUCUCAGGGUGCUUGAUUUGGGCGGGAGAGUUGAUAGAUACUGAGAUGAUAGGCGGUGGUGGGGAGGAUCUCUAUUUGCGCCUAAUGGAUAUUAGUUUAGGAACAUCAGGCAGCAAGACGAAGGCUCGGAGGAUAGUAAUUAUAGUAUCUCUUUCUGCGAUUAUCGUUUGUUUGGCUUGCAUCUUUAUCUUAUGGAAGUUCAGUGAGGUAUUUGGUGUAUUCAAGGAUCGAAAGAAAGGAAAACUACUAUGUGUUCUGAGCUCAAGUACAGACUUUGCGAACAACAUCUCUGCUUCGAACGAAUUCAUAGAAGGGAAGCCUCAUCAAGGUCCAGAACUUCCGCUAAUUGGUUUUGAGAACAUACUCUUGGCCACAAACAAUUUCUCCGAUUCAAAUAAGCUGGGACAAGGAGGUUUUGGCAUAGUUUACAAGGGAAACCUACCAGGAGGACAAGAGAUUGCUGUUAAAAGACUCUUGAGAGGAUCCAGGCAAGGUAUGGAGGAGUUCAAAAAUGAGGUCAUUUUGAUUGCCAAGUUACAGCACAGGAACUUAGUCAAGCUUCUUGCUUGCUGUAUCCAUGGGGAAGAGAAGCUACUGGUCUAUGAGUACAUGCCCAACAAAAGUUUGGAUUUCUUCCUCUUUGAUCCAACACAAAAAGCAAAGCUUGACUGGGGAAAGCGAUUCAACAUAAUCAAGGGGAUCGCUCGAGCACUUUUGUAUCUACACCAGGACUCGAGGCUUCGUAUAAUUCAUCGGGACCUUAAAACCAGCAACAUUCUGCUAGACGCAGAGAUGAAUCCAAAGAUAUCUGAUUUCGGCAUGGCAAGAAUUUUUGGUGGCAACCAGGAUGAAGCAAACACAAACAGAGUCGUCGGAACAUACGGUUACAUGUCUCCUGAGUACGCAAUGGAGGGCCUC